GUGAAGAGGAAGGGGAAAGUGGAGACCCCAUGAUGCCACCUGAUAUUGAUUGUGAUGUGACUCCUCCUGUGCUAGAGAUGGAAGAUGUCACAGUUCAAUCAGAGGGAGAGACAGAGCAUUAUGUGUCAACCAAUCAAGUGUCAGCAUUAUUAGAUGUUGACCCCCAGCAAUCAGAAAAUGCACUUUAUCGUUGUGAAGCAUGCCAUGUGAUCUCAACUUCUUUAAAAAAGUUUAUGGAUCAUUGCAAUUCCAAUUGUUUGGGAGAAGGUACUGAUCAGAAUCUGUGGCGUACUGCUAACACGAUAAGUCCAACUUUGUCUCAGGGGUCUUCACAUUAUUCUUCAGAAGGUUUUUUGUCACCUGAGGAGUCCCCACAAUCUCCCACUGUUAUGGACUUACCUGUUGAACAGCUUCCAUUUUCUAUAGGUGCAAAUGAGAGUAACCCAUAUGCCUGCCAGUUCUGUGAGAAGGCAUUUGCUAGGCUUAGCUACCUGAAGAGACAUGAACAGAUACAUGGUGACCAGAUGCCUUUCCAGUGUGACUACUGUAACAGAUACUUCAAACACAAACGUAGUAGAGAUAGACACAUCAAGUUACACACAGGAGACAAGAAAUACAAGUGUACCCACUGCCCCUCUGCUUUCUCUAGGUCUGACCACCUCAAGAUUCAUAUGAAAACUCAUGACAAUGGCAAGCCAUAUCAGUGUGUUGUGUGUAGUCGUGGUUAUACCACAGCAGCUGCAUUAACAUCACACAUGCUUUCCCACAAGAAACACACCAAAGCUGCUGAUGUUUCUCCACCAAUGUCGGGAGGUGAAUUCCACUGUCCAGUAUGUUCAGAAAGAUUCAAGAAUCCCCAGGAGCUACAUGCCCAUUCCCCGAGUCACCAUAAAGAAUCAGGAAAAGCAAAGACAUACCAAUGUGUCUACUGCCCAGAACUCUGCAUAGGCAAAGACAACUUGGAUUUCCACAUUUCCAGGGUUCAUGCAGCUAGAGAGAAGUUCAAGACUUGUCCUGUCUGUUUUCAAUCCUUUGAAAAUGAGGAAGAAUCAUACCAGCAUCUACAACACCAUGACUCUCAUUCUGGACCCUCAUUGGCUAGCUUUUCUAGCCAGUCACAAAGCAGCAGAAUGACGUCAGAUGCUGCAAUAGAUCUGAGUACAUCCUACAAACAAACAUGUCCAUAUUGUACAAAAACAUACCCAACGUUAGAGGUUCUAGAAAUUCACAUGCGAACAAUGCAUGCAGGGAAACCAAUGAUAACUCAUGUGUGUCAUAUUUGUAAUGCCACCUUCAAGACGAUUUAUAACCUAAAUGACCAUCUGCAGCAAGCACAUGGUGAGGAGCCUGAACUUAAUAUUAAGUUCCCUUGUGAAUUCUGUGGCCAGGACUUCAGCAGAAUAGAGGAAUUGCAGCAGCAUAAAGAGAUAGGACAUGCACAAUUGAUGGCUGAGAUGAAGUCAACAAAAAGUAGUGAAUAUGUGUUUUGUUCACACUGUGCUAUGGCCUUCACUAGUGCUGUGGCCCUCAAUGAGCACAUACAGAGUAGCCAUGGGAUGAACCUCAGUAUGAAAUCACCUAGAGAAGGUGAUAAAGUCCAGGUGGAUGGGGCAUAUAAUGUCAUUCCAAAACAGAGCAAAAUUGAACGACUUUUAAGACAUUCGAAAGCAUCAAACUUAACAUGUGAUCAUUGCAAUGCAACUUUCCUUGACACAAAGUCCUAUGAAGUGCACAUGAAGUCGCAUCAGGGGAUGACUAUGAUAGAUGGACCAAACUUAUUGUGUUCAUAUUGUGAUGCCCCAUUUCCAACUGAGGAGCAACUGGAAUCACACAUCUUAGUCCACUUCCUGUCCUUGACUACAGAAUAUGGUUGUACAAGCUGCCUUAAAUUGUUCACAAAGCCAGAUGAGCUUCAGAAACAUUUGAUGGACAUCCAUGCACAUCAUCUGUAUCGCUGUUCCCUUUGUAAGGAAAUCUUUGACUCAAAGGUUAAUGUACAGGUCCACUUUGCAAUUAAGCAUAGCAAUGAAUGUAAACUUUAUAAAUGUACAACCUGUAUGUCAAUAUUCCGAUCAGAGAUGGAAUGGCAGCUACAUGUGAAGGUCCACCAUCUUGGAAUCUCUAAGCCAUAUAGAUGUCUCUUUUGUAAGGAGAGUUUCACAGGUGAAGUUGAACUACAGUGCCACCUGACAACCCAUAAAAAACAAUUUCCAUGUCAUUUAUGUGAUGAAGCAUUCCAUGUGGAAUACCUUCUCGAUAAACAUAUUCAGACCAAUCAUAAUCCAGAGGAGAUUAAGCCCUUGAAAGUAAAGAUUGAAAAGGAAGAUGAAAUAGAGAUAAUCGACUACAGUCCUAAAUCCUGCCAAUCCAAGCAAACAGAAUUGCAAUCUAAAGAAGGGUACACCGUUAAGAAAGAGAAAACUGUGUCACCAAAUUUCAGCCCUAUGUGUAAAUGUGAAAUAUGUGACAUUAAAUUUCCAGACAUGGUUGCAUUAACGAAUCAUAGAAACAUGGAACAUAAAUUAACAUUUGAUAAAGUGUGGCACAUCCCAGCUGAAGCCAAUGAAAUGCCAACUCCUUCCGUUAUGUCAGAAACCCAAUCAAAUCCCAAAUCACCAAUUUUAAGAUCCCAGCUACAUGUACCACAAAAUUUAACAACCCCGUCUUUGGUUUCCCCUCAGCUUCCUAUAUUGGGGCUCCCAGAUAAGUUCAGUCAAGUAUGUGUUUAUUGUCAACAAUCCUUCAAGACUAAAGGAGAAUUAGAGAAGCACAUGAAAGUCCAUGCAUUGCCAAGCAAUCAGAAAUGUAAUAUUUGUGACGAAGUAUUUCCUAGCUCUAGUAUUCUAGCGGAACAUAAACUCACACAUUGUAAGGUGGUCCAGGGGAACAUGUGUGUCAUUUGUAAAGUAAAUCUCAAGAAUGAGGAAAUUUUCUACAACCAUACUCAACUUCAUGGAAUCACUGGAGGCCAGACGCAGUGUAUUGUGUGUCGCCAAACUCUUGCCUCUAUGUUAGAAGUCCAGAUGCAUGCCAAACAUCACUUCCAGAGUCCAUCCAGCUUCUACACAUGCUGCGUAUGUCUUAGCAGUUUUGACUCAAAGGAAAACUUAGUUUCUAAACUCAACACUAGUGGGCGAUCAUACUAUGUAUGUAAGCCUUGUUACCAUGGUGAACCUCCAAAACGAUACAAUUGCAACCAGUGUAGUUUGAAGUUUGAGACUCAACUGCAGUUAGAGGCACAUGUAUUGACACACAAGAAAAACUUCCAGUGUAUCAAAUGCCAGCAGUCCUUCACAACUGAGCUGGAGAUCCAGGCACAUGUUGCUGUCCAUAUGAUUCAAGAGGGAAACCUCCACAAGUGUGAGAUUUGUAACAGUGCCUUUGAUUCACCUGCCAAGUUGCAGUGCCAUCUGGUGGAGCACACAUUCCAGGGAGGUGAAAUGACAUGCUAUAUCUGCAAUAAGACAUUUCUCAAGGCAUCUGCUAUACAGCUACAUGUCCUAGAACACAGCAUCAGUGCCAGAAAGUUCUCUUGCACACAAUGUCAUCAGAAAUUCUUCUUCUCAGCUGAACUUCAAAAUCACAUGUUUACUCAUGCUAUGGGUGUUUGUGAACAAUUCCAGUGUCCAGAAUGUUUUCGUUUAUUUACAACCCUUAAUGAUAUGACAAAUCACCAGCGGACCCACGAGAGACAAGACUUGAGCAUGAAGUGCACACACUGUGCUGAAUCAUUUCCAAGUAUGCCUGAACUGCAGGAGCAUUAUAAGAUCCACUCAGAUCAUGUUAGGGAUGCAUCUGAGCUGGUGUAUGUCUCUCAUAAGUUAAACAUGCACAGAUGUACAGAGUGCCCUGAUGAGUUCCCCUCCUCUGCAAGCCUCACUGAGCAUAUGAACAAACAUGAAUUGGCUCCAAAGCACUCAUGCCCUCACUGCAACAAAGAAUUUGCCCUUCAGCGUAACUUACAAGCACAUAUUAAGACCCAUAAUGGAUCUGAUAUGCGUACCAACAAUGUAAAGCAGCACUCUUCAAGUAAGGAUGGUGAUAGGAGAUACACCAAUGGCCCCAAGUCAUUAGUUUGCCCUGUAUGUGGGAAAUCAUUCACAUCGAAGAGCCAAGUGAAAGACCAUAUGAGGCAUCACUUCAGCCAGAAAGUCCACAUCUGUCAAAUUUGCCAGGAAUCUUUCGGACUUGAGAAAUAUCUGCAACGUCACAUGAUACUUGCACAUGAUGCCAUGCAUGAAUUCACUUGUGAGGAUUGCAACAAGAAAUUUCCUUUAAAGAGACAAUUAAAGAUUCAUAUCAGAAAGAUGCACAGGCCAAAUGGGCAACCUAUUUCCACUGGUAAUAAAGAUGAGAACUACCACUCUGAGAGUGAUUUAUCGGAGAGCUCUGAAGAUAUUGAUGUGUCACAAGUGAAUGGGGAUGUUCAUAAAAACAGUGAUAGCGUUGAUGGAAGUGACCCUACACAUGGGACAAAUGAUGAGCAAAAUGAAUCAAUGAAAACAAAAGAGAGUGAACAAAAUAAUGGUCAUGGAAUCGAUGCAGUUCAGGGUUGUGAUGAGAAGAUGGAUAUGUCAACUUAAUGUUAUCACAUACAUUGUAUCUGUCCCCUAUAGCAGGGCUUGCAUUAACGGCGUCCCGUACAUGUUAAGGACUCAAAAAUAAUUUGGAGGACGCAAAAAUUGAAAAUAUUUCCGCUUUUUGGACGCAAAAUUUUUUUAGGUCAAUACUACAAUGU